AUGGCUGUUGGUCCGCGGUGGCUCAGGCCAGACCAAGAGUUUGAGGCAGAACACAGACCCUGUGUGGAAACUCUUAUUUUGACACAGUGACACACCACGCCCCCCUCCCCCUUCCUGCUAACUGUGUCCAAUCAGGAUUUUGGACUCCUGCAUAAUUAGGUCAGUAACUUCUCUUACCUGUGGAGAGAACUAGAUGGGAGGGUAAGGUGGGCAGACUCUGGCCUGGCCCAGAAAAAGGACCUCCUGCAACCACAAUAAAGUGGCAUUUAUUUCACAUAGGAAGGAAAACAAUGGACAAUCCUGUCUCUCAGUUGUGUAAAGGCUUAUUUCUGGUACAGUCUGGCCCCUGGCGUGGAGUAGCUUCUCAGCUUCUGAUGAGUGUACAUUUUGGACUUAGCUCCGGCACGUAAUGACUCAGAAAUGCAGAUUUCUGUAAUUGGCUGAUGUUUACUUCACCUCCAGGGUGAAACACACUAAUUUAACUGGACAUGCCGAGAAGGUGGGGAUUGAAAAUUUUGAGCUCCUCAAAGUCCUAGGAACCGGAGCUUAUGGAAAAGUAUUUCUGGUUCGUAAAAUCAGCGGUCACGAUGCUGGCAAGCUGUACGCCAUGAAAGUCUUGAAGAAGGCCACAAUAGUGCAAAAGGCCAAAACCACAGAGCACACAAGGACCGAGCGGCAAGUCCUGGAGCACAUCAGGCAAUCACCGUUCUUGGUGACCCUGCACUAUGCUUUCCAGACAGAAACCAAACUUCAUCUCAUUUUAGAUUAUAUAAAUGGUGGAGAACUUUUUACUCAUCUUUCUCAAAGAGAGCGUUUCACAGAGCACGAGGUACGGAUCUAUGUUGGAGAGAUCGUGCUUGCCCUCGAACAUCUCCACAAGUUGGGAAUUAUAUACCGUGACAUUAAGCUUGAGAACAUUCUACUUGAUUCUAAUGGCCACGUGGUGCUGACAGAUUUUGGUCUGAGUAAGGAGUUUGUGGCUGAAGAAGCUGAAAGAGCAUAUUCCUUUUGUGGGACUAUUGAAUACAUGGCUCCGGAUAUUGUCAGAGGGGGAGAUUCAGGCCAUGACAAGGCAGUUGACUGGUGGAGUUUAGGUGUUCUCAUGUAUGAAUUACUAACUGGAGCAUCUCCUUUCACUGUCGAUGGGGAGAAGAAUUCCCAAGCUGAGAUAUCUCGGAGAAUAUUAAAAAGUGAGCCUCCAUAUCCUCAAGAAAUGAGUGCUUUAGCUAAAGACCUAAUUCAGCGUCUUUUGAUGAAAGAUCCCAAGAAAAGAUUGGGAUGUGGCCCACGUGAUGCGGAUGAAAUCAAAGAACAUCUCUUUUUUCAGAAAAUAAAUUGGGAUGAUUUAGCCGCCAAAAAAGUGCCCGCGCCAUUUAAGCCUGUCAUCCGAGACGAAUUAGACGUGAGUAACUUUGCGGAAGAGUUCACAGAGAUGGACCCCACCUACUCCCCCGCAGCGGUGCCCCAGAGCUCAGAGAGGCUGUUCCAGGGCUAUUCCUUCGUUGCUCCUUCCAUUCUGUUCAAGCGUAAUGCAGCUGUCAUAGACCCUCUUCAGUUUCACAUGGGAGUUGAACGUCCUGGGGUGACCAAUGUUGCCAGGAGCGCAAUGAUGAAGGACUCCCCGUUCUAUCAGCACUACGACCUGGAUCUGAAGGACAAGCCGCUGGGAGAGGGAAGUUUUUCAAUUUGUCGAAAGUGCACACACAAAAAAAGUAACCAAGCAUUCGCCGUCAAAAUAAUCAGCAAAAGGAUGGAAGCCAAUACUCAGAAGGAAAUCACAGCUCUGAAGCUCUGUGAAGGACACCCCAAUAUCGUGAGGCUGCACGAAGUUUUUCACGAUCAGCUUCACACGUUCCUGGUGAUGGAACUUCUGAACGGGGGAGAGCUGUUUGAACGCAUUAAGAAAAAGAAACACUUCAGUGAGACGGAAGCCAGCUACAUCAUGCGGAAGCUCGUUUCGGCCGUGAGCCACAUGCAUGAUGUGGGCGUGGUGCACCGGGACCUGAAGCCAGAGAAUUUAUUGUUCACUGAUGAAAAUGACAAUUUGGAAAUCAAAGUAAUCGAUUUUGGGUUUGCACGAUUAAAGCCACCUGAUAACCAGCCUCUCAAGACGCCCUGCUUCACCCUGCACUAUGCAGCCCCCGAGCUCUUGAAUCAUAACGGCUAUGACGAGUCCUGUGACCUCUGGAGCCUGGGUGUCAUUUUGUAUACAAUGUUGUCAGGGCAAGUUCCAUUCCAAUCUCAUGACAAAAGUUUGACAUGCACCAGUGCGGUGGAAAUCAUGAAGAAAAUUAAAAAGGGAGAUUUCUCCUUUGAAGGAGAAGCCUGGAAGAAUGUAUCCCAAGAAGCUAAAGAUUUGAUCCAAGGACUCCUCACAGUCGAUCCAAAUAAAAGGCUUAAAAUGUCGGGCUUGAGAUACAACGAAUGGCUUCAAGACGGCAGUCAGCUGUCCUCAAAUCCUCUGAUGACUCCAGACAUUCUAGGGUCUUCAGGAGCUGCUGUGCAAACCUGUGUGAAAGCAACCUUCCACGCCUUUAACAAAUACAAGAGAGAGGGCUUUUGCCUUCAGAAUGUCGACAAGGCCCCUUUGGCGAAGAGAAGGAAGAUGAAGAAGACCAGCACCAGUACAGAGACGCGCAGCAGCUCGAGCGAAAGUUCUCACUCGUCCUCCUCUCACUCUCACGGGAAAACCACGCCCACUAAGACCCUGCAGCCCAGCAACCCCGCGGACCCCAGUAACCCGGAUACGCUCUUCCAGUUCUCAGACUGAGUGGUGCGGGGACGGUAGGAAUGUCAUCAGUGACGACCCAUCGCACCUUGAAUGCCCUCAGCGUGUGCCUGAGGUGAUGUCUUACGCUUUUCAAACUGCGUCCUGUUGGUCUUUUUGGAAUCUGCCUCUUAGGGAAUUUUUUUUUCAGAAAAGCCCAGUCGGUUAUCCUUGUCCAAAAGCACUGGACAGAGAAUGUUACUGUGAAUAGAGCACCUGUUAUACUGUUUAGCGACCUAGCAUGAUGCCAACAGGACUGUUCUGGAAAGAGCAAAGGUGUCUGUCUGUAAAUCUAAUUAGGGACCGGGUAGGUUUGAGCGGCUCACGGAAUGAGUCGAGGGUUUUCCAGAUGUCAGCCAGCAAGAGUCACUUGUACUGUGAUGACGAUACCUUUUGCUUUGCCUUGUGGACAGCCUGGGUUUUUAAGAGAUUUGCACCCCUUGAACAGUGAUUUCUCAGAGAAAAAUGUCUGAGGGUCUUCAGAAUGAUACUGUAGUGAAUUGUGUGUGUGGCCAAUGCUUAUUUCUUGAGAGAGGAUUUUAACUUAUUGUCUUUAUUUUAUGGUUACAUCUGAUGGUAACCUGUUAUUAGUAAUCUUUUUCUAAAAAGUAAAAAAAUAAAUAAAAAAAUAAAAGUACAGGAACUUAAGGUCCCAUGCUCUGCAUUUGGGAUCUCUCUGAGAUGCAUGCUAAGCUACUUACGUUUUUAAUUUUGCACUGCUCUUUCCUGGUGAUUUGUUUUCAUGGUUAUUGCAAAAUAAUAAGGUACAGGUCUCUGUUUUAAGUAAUUUUGCACUUUAUAAGAGAAUAUGAAUAAAGCAAACUAUUUUAUAAAGUGCACUGUUUAAAGCAUAUGUACUGCAUUUUUGCCAGUUUUUCCAUUAUCCCCUUUAAAUUUGUUCUCACAUCCCCCUUUCUACCUUGUUUGUGCAAGUGGAAUGGGCAUAAUCAUUAGCCACUUAGGCACCAAUGUGCAGAAAAUCUAAAGGGAAAUUCUAUGAAACACUGUGCUUCACAUUCGUACACUGUGUUGUCUGCAGCGAGGCAUGCCCUCCUGUAGUCGGAUUUUAUGUACAUAGUAUUUUAGAAUCAUGACUAUGAUUUGUCUUGAAAUUUUUCUGUUAAAUUUUAAAUCCAGAAGGCAUAUUUUAUAAACUUAUGCAGAGCACUUUUAAUUGCUCCAAAGUUCCGAAUUCCUAGAGAAAACAAGUGCUAUGUGAUGAAGACAUUUCACUGAAAGUUUGCUGCAUUUUCAAAUAUGAUUAAUUCAUUCCCUAUGCAAAAAAAAAAAAAAAGAAGUGAUAGGAUUUAUAUGCUGUGUUUUCUUUUAAAGCCAUCACACAAAAUGGCAGGACUGAGAGAAGUAAUCUUUGCUAUGUUUACAAGAAUCAUGCUUAAAAGAUGAUGCCCGACCUGUUUAUUUUAUAGUUUUUGUUAAUGACAACUUCUUGAGCAUUGGUUUGGAACUUGGGCAUGAUAUUUAUUUAUCCCUUUCUUAAGAUAAUAGCAGCAUUAAUUUCAACCAGUUAUGAAUACUAAAGAUAUUGCACUCUAUGUAAUGGUAGCAUAUUUAUUACUAAAUCCAUGUAUAUAUUAAUAGCACAGGCAAAAAGUGGCAAAUAUUAAAAUAUUUUCAAAAUAUUA